AUGGGGUUCAAUCAUCUUUCUGGAAACAUUCCUUCCCAAAUAUGCCUUUUGACAAGUUUACGUGUCCUUGCUUUACCUACCAAUUAUUUGAACGGCUCUAUACCACCUCAAAUAGGCAUGUUGGUGUCUCUUGAAGUGAUUUAUGCUUAUCGUAACAAUCUUUCAGGUUCAAUUCCUGUGUUCAUUGGAAACUUGAGCAAGUUAACUAAUUUGGAACUUAGUGGAAACAAAAUAGUUGGGUCCAUCCCCAAUGAGAUUGGACAACUUAAAUCACUCACUACCCUUUUUUUGUAUGAUAACCAACUCACUGGCUCAAUUCCUGUGUCCAUUGGAAACUUGAGCGAGUUAACUGAAUUGAGUCUUAGUGAAAACAAAAUAGUUGAGUCCAUUCCCAAUGAGAUUGGGCAGCUUAAAUCACUCACUAACCUUUAUUUGAAUUAUAACCAACUCAGUGGCUCAAUUCCUAUGUCCAUUGGAAACUUGAGCAAGUUAACUGAAUUGAGUCUUGGUGGAAACAAAAUAGUUGGAUCCAUUCCAAAUAAUAUCUAUCUUGGUGGGAAGCUUACAUGGUUUGGAGCAGGUCAUAACAACUUUAGAGGUUCCAUUCCAAAAAGCAUAAGAAACUGCAGUUCAUUAGUCCACUUUUCAGUUGCAGGAAAUCAACUAAUAGGAAAUAUAUCUGAAGAAUUUGAAAUAUACCCAAACCUGGAAUAUAUGGACUUGAGCACCAAUAAGGUUUUUGGAGAUCUUUCCGAAAACUGGGGACAGUGUCCAAAACUCACGAUGUUGAACAUCUCUAACAAUAAAAUUUCCGGUAGGCUACCUCCUGAAUUGGGGAAGGCUACUCAAUUGCGGGAGCUUGACCUUUCUUCCAACCUUCUUGUAGGUAAAAUUCCUAAGGAAUUAAGACAGCUGAAAUUGUUGUACAUUCUCGAGCUCAACAAUAAUUCCCUUUCUAGCAAUGUUCCUGCAGAAAUUGAAAUGAUGUUGGACCUUGAAACACUUGACCUUGCAGCCAACCAAUUGAGUGGACCAAUUCCCAUGCAUUUGGAACACUAUUCAAAACUACUGCUUUUAAAUUUGAGGAGUAACAAAUUCAAUGGAAAUAUUCCCUUCCAAAUUGGGAAUCUGCACUCUCUCGAAAAUCUUGAUCUAAGUAAGAAUUUGCUUUCAGGAGAGUUGCCUUUGGAGCUUGGUCAUUCGGAUAAGCUCGAAACAUUUAACCUCUCACACAACAAUCUGUCAGGCUCAAUACCUUCCAUGUUUAAAGAAAGGAUAAGCUCGACAUCUGUUGAUAUAACCUACAAUCAGUUAGAAGGUCCUCUUUCCAACAACAAAGCCUUCCUAGAGGCCCCACUUGAAGCAUUGAAAGAUAAUAAAGAUUUGUGUGGCAACAACACAAAUAUAAAGAUUUGCCCCACACCUAAAUAG